AUGGAAAGGCUUGCUGAGGCUGUUAACGAAGCUACAGGUCGUUCAGUUUAUCCAGUUGCUGAUUUAGCGCCGUGCAAUGAACUAAUCAAUGAGUAUACGACGAAAUUACUGUUUCAGAACUGCUUCCCUACGUUGUUUCCUGAUGCAAUGGGAGGACUUAAUCCUGUGAAGAAAAAAGAACAUCGGAUUCAUGAGUACAAACUGGCUGACAACUGCUGUCACCUCAUGAAAUGGUACGACCGCCGUUUUGCGAUUCACCCCACGUUUAAAUUUUUUUGUUUGAACUUGAUUCAACGUAGACAGAUAGACGGAUUAAUUCGCCGCAUCCUAGACACUUUAAAACCUUACUUUCGUAGUGUUCGCGGCAGCGGGCUGUAUUGGGCGAAUGUUCGAGAUGAUUUAAUGGCGAUGCUUGGCAAUAGGGUCAUUCCAAGUCGUUGGCCAACAUUCUUCUUGACAUUAAGCGCAGCAGACUCGAUUUGGCCUGACUUUUUUGUUGCAUGUGAUCCGUCACUAACGUUGGAGACAGCCCGUCACUUGAACUCCAAAACGAGGCAGCAAUAUUUGAAUCAAUGCCCAGAUAUUGCAGCCAGAUACUUCAGUCGUAGAUUUAAAGCAUUCUUUGAG